AGAGGAUUUACCCCUCUGCACACCGGAGAACAUCAAGAAGUUCAUUGCCGAGGAGUGCACACCGGACCGGCUCACUGUGGUAGGAGUGAAUGUGGACUUCCAGGAGUUGUGCAAAUGGACCGCGCGCAGUUUUGCAGAGCAGGGUCAUUCUCUGAAUGCUGCAGGAGGCAGCCCUGAGGUCGUGCAGCCAGCCAAAUACACCGGUGGUGAGAUUCGGAUGGCACGGCCAAAUCCCUUGUGCCACUUGAUCUACGGAUGGGAGGUACCUGGAGGUUGGAAUGGUCAAUGGCUCGCCGCUGUGACGGUCUUGCAGAUGUUUCUGGGUGGUGGUGGAUCUUUCAGCACUGGCGGGCCAGGAAAGGGAAUGCACACCCGACUCUACACCGACGUCCUGAAUAGGCAUCACUGGGCGGAGUCGUGUCAGGCAAGCAGCGUGAUGUACAUCGAUAGCGGUUUGCUCACCGUCUACGCGACCGUGAUGCCUCAAUACGGCGAUAGAUUUCAUGAAGUCCUCGCGAGGAUUUUUGAGGGUGUGUCGAAGAUGACGAAAACGGAGUUGGAACGCGCUAAGAAUGCGCUGAAAUCCAGUAUUCACAUGAACCUGGAGAUGCGUGCGGUGAUGAUGGAAGACAUGGGACGACAGAUGGUACUCUCAGGAAAGGUGGGGACAGCGCAAGAGUUCACACGAAUGGUGGAUGCUAUCACCAAGGAGGAUUUACUCGAAGUCUUGAGAGUUUGCUUGAAAUCCCCGGUGAGCUUCGUGGCAUUUGGAGCUAUUGAGAAGGUGAGCCCCUACGCAGAGAUCGCCAAGAGGUUCAGCACUGUGGUCGUCUAGGGAGGCCGAAAUCCAUGAGCGACGACACGGCGGAAAAUGACACGUAGCGAUGGCAUCUGGCUGAAUCAACUGAUGAAUUGCCUGGUCAGG